AUGUUUUGUAUUACUUUUGCAGAGAAGCGUGGUCGAAAAAGGAUCAAGCGAGGAGGUCCUGAAGGUCCGGAUGAUGAGCGGAUCGUGAUAAGCAGUAACACAUCCAGUUACUCGCCAAACACUGAUUCAAACAAAAAGAGUAUUACUGAAGCAUCUCCACUGUCUUCAUACACAUCACCAGGAAAUACAUCGAGAAUAAGCACCGGAAUCGCCGAUCCGUUGAAGACUCUGCCCGAGAAGGAAACAAACAGUGUGGCUAGCAGUAAUCCCCCGCUGUUUUCAUUCGGCAAAAAGGAUGAUUCAGUUAAGGAUAGGGAAGCACCAGCUCUACGUUUUGGUCAGUGGCCUGCGAAGGAUGCGGGGGACAACACGAAUACUGAAACGACGAAAGAGCAGUUCGGAGAUGUAGCGUCCAGUACUGGAACAACUCCUGUGUUUUCAUUUUUGAAGCCACCACUAGCUGCUGAUGGAAACGCUGAAGGAGCGGCAAAGCCUCCAUUUGGUACCCCAAUUUCCUCGUUUUGUUUCGAUAUUUCUUUGAUUAGCUGUCGUGUCAAUGUGCGCAUCCAAUUUGCUUUCACAUUUGGUGCACCACCCGCAACAACGCAACAGUCCGGACAGAAUCAAGAGGGUGAAGAGGAGUACGUGCCACCUAAACCAGAGGUCGUAUUGACAGAGGAGCCGAAUGCGAUAUUCACAGCCAAAUGCUCCGUGUUUGUACUAAAAGAAAAAGAAUUCCACAAACUUGGUAUUGGGCAAUUACAUAUCAAAAAAGGUGAUAGUGAAAGUGCGAAAAAGAUAUUACUGAUUCGCGCAGCCACCACUACGGGUACUGUUUGGGUGAACACGUAUAUCGAUGAAACGAUGAAAUGUGUAAAAUUGGAAGGCAACAAAUUAAGGGUGAGCUGUGUUGUGGGUAGUUCUCCAUCAACGUAUUUGGUACGUUUGCCAACAGCAUCGGACUGCGCGAAAGUUAGUGAAGAAAUUGGCUCAUAG